CAAUGGCCCCUCGCCCCUUCUCUCUCCCUCUCUCUCUUAGCCAACUUGGAUUUGCACAUUAAAGCUAUCUCCUUUGACCUUUGAAAAAUUUGACCCUCUCUUUCUUUCAACGAAACCCGUUUGUUAAAUUUUAAUCAAUUAUUUAAUCUUUGCAACUGGCUUUUUCCCAGGCCUUAGUCUUUCCUCUCUUCAUUAUCCUAUAUAUAGCCUCGUCUUUCUAAUCUGUACAAGACAUAGCUUGUAUAUCUCUAAUUAAAAGCGUUUAUAAGAGCUUGAUGAUGAGUAGCAGCUCAGAGGAGAGUGGCUCAAGUAUUGUAGAGAAGAAAUACAAGGGAGUUCGUAGAAGGAAAUGGGGCAAAUGGGUGUCUGAGAUAAGGGUUCCAGGCUCACAAGAGCGGCUCUGGUUAGGCUCCUACGCUACUCAGGAGGCGGCCGCAGUCGCCUACGACGUCGCUUUCUAUUGUUUACGUCGACCGCUGUCUUUGUCUGGUCUUAACUUCCCCGAACUGCUGCCUUCCAGUUGUGUGAACGCCAAUAUUAUGUCGCCCAAGUCCGUCCAAAAAGCUGCGUCGGACGCUGGAAUGGGGAUAGAUGCACAAAUGAUAGGGAGUAAAUGGAGAAAAGAUGAAAGGAAGGUUAAUGAAAGCAGCGUAAUUCAGAGCUUGGAUACGCCGUUUUGGGGGAAUGAUAAUCCGAGUUAUGAUUAUAGGAGCUGGGAAGAGAAGGAGCUUAGCAUAUCUGUUGAAGAUUAUGGUUACCUCGAUUACUAGUUCUAGUUCUUUAGGUUUUGUUUUAGUUAAAUAAAGAAAACAGUAGGUAGGACAUGGAGUGAAGUCUUGGUGGCUUUUGUAUCUUUUCUGUAUACUGUAAAUAUUAGGAUGGUUGAUGAUACUGAUUAAAGGAUAUUCUGGAUUUAGAUUCAAUAUUAAAUUUCCGAUUUUCUAUAA